AUGUAUUCUGCUUAUGAUAUCAAUGAUUUAGAUGAGUUGGAUUAUGGUGAGGAUAUGGGUACCAACGACUUUCAUACCAGUGUCGUGGAGAAGCUCGAGAAGUGCGAAGACUACAGAGUGGCGAGGCCAGGAGGUGAUGUUGAGCAAGAUUAUAAACAGUAUGAAAAUGCAGUUUUUGUGAAAACAGCAGCAAACGAUGACGAUUCUGCAUUGAAAAUUUGGUAUAAGGCAUAUUGUCCAGAAACCGAGGCGAAUAUUACAUGUAUUAUCGUUAUGUUUCAUCCGUAUAAAAGCAGUUCGGAAUUCCUUGUUAUCAAUCAUGCAAGGUGUCUUCGUCACUUUGAAAAAGCAGCUGUUAUAGUCUUCGACCAACCCGGCUGUGGUCGCAGUGAUAGCAUAUUCAUGCCAUCUUGGGAAAAGCAUGUGGCAGUGUGUGAAUCGUUUAUAAGAAAAGUUGUUAUCGCCCUACGAGAUAAGGUGUCCACUGAGCAGUGCCGCCCUGUCCCUGUAUAUGGUUUUGGAGAAGCACUAGGCGCUAACGUUCUCAUUAGCUCAGCUCUGAAAUCGCCGGACUUAUACAACGGUAUUAUCCUGGCCGGUCCCUUCGUGCGUGACGGGGACGCAGUGAAAGCUGGUGGAGUCGCAAAUUUCCUCGCAAAAUGCGAAGGUCCGUUGAUGCCGAAGUACCCCGGAGCUCCACUGAAAGACGGUCUCGAUGAAUCUUUUGUGGAUAGAGAUUUCGCAGAUUUUACUCGAUCGGAAAAUAAGUUGCUUUGGCGGUUGCCUUUGCGUAUGAAAACGCACAAGUCGAUAAAAGAGGGGCAAGAGGCUAUCGAAGGUCACGCAGCUGAGUUAACAACGCCAGUGCUAAUUUUGCAAGCGGAAAAUGAUAAGGUAUCUUCCGUAGACGGUUCGAGAUUACUCUAUGAUCUUUGUGGUAGCAAAGAUAAAUGCAUUAAAGUCUAUAAGGACUGUCCAGAGGCCGGAUUGAAGUAA